AUGGCCUCGAAACUCCGCCGCGCUGUCACUUUCCUCCCCCUAAAAGACCUAAGAUACACCCAAACAGCCCAACAAGGACACACAUGGUUCAUGAGCUCCAUGUAUGACAAGCAAGACCAAGAGGGUGAGGUCCAAUACCAACACUUCCCAUCGAAGUCCUCAAAUGGUAGGUUACUUUGCAUCAAUGGGAGUGACACUCAUGAUGGUGCAUGGAACUCCUAUGCACUUGCAUGGCCUGAAUCACUACCCCACAAUGCCACCCUCGUGAAGGGCCUCACUUUUGUGUCAUAUAAUCACUAUAACUAUGAUAAUAUAUGGCAUGGUUUGUCAGCUAUGGUGCCCUUUGUGAGUUGGCAUGUGAGGCAUGGGUGCGCACUGCCCUCCCGGUGGAUUUUAUACCACUGGGGUGAGUUGAGGACUAAAAUGAGCCCUUGGCUGAGAACCCUAACGGAGGCCACUUUUGGUGGGCCCCUCUACAUUGAAGGGUUUGAUCAUGAUAAUCAUGUUGGUGGCGGUGGUGGGCCCGUUUGUUUUGAGGAGGCAGUGGUGAUGAGGCACAAUGAGGGAGGGAUGUCUAGGGAGAGGAGGGUGGAGGUGUAUGAUGUGAUGAGGUGUAAGGCGAGGGCGUACUGUAACGUGAGCCUGGAGGGUAGGGAUGCGGAGGUUAGUAACCGGGGUUUGCCGGUGAUUGGGAUGACCAUGUUUAUGAGGACUGGGGCUAGGUCAUUCAGGAAUGAGUCUGCUGUGGUUGGGAUCUUUGAGAGGGAGUGUGGGAAGGUAGAAGGUUGCCGGUUAAUGGUGGCUUACUCCAAUAAUCUCACCUUCUGUGAACAGGUGAAGCUGAUGAGUUUAACAGACAUUUUGAUAUCACCACAUGGGGCUCAAUUGACCAACAUGUUCUUUAUGGACAGAAACAGCAGUGUUAUGGAGUUCUUCCCAAAGGGUUGGUUGAAACUCGCUGGUGUGGGUCAGUUUGUCUACCACUGGAUCGCUAGCUGGUCCGGGAUGAGACACCAAGGCGCAUGGCGUGACCCUAACGGUGACCACUGCCCCUACCUGGAAGAUGAUCGACGCUGCAUGUCCAUUUACAAAAGUGGUAUGAUUGGAUACAACGAGACAUUUUUCGCAGAGUGGGCAAGAAAUGUGCUCAAUGAGGUGAAGAUGAGAAAAAUGGAAGAAGCGUCAAGGAAGAGUACUAGUACUGAUGCUUCUAAUGGCUGUGCUUGUAGUUAG